AUGCCAUCGUUGCCCAAAUUCAGCUAUAAUGUCACUAGAGACUAUCCUUACAACUGGUUCACACCCGCAGCUAUCCUCGGAGGCAUGUUCUUGACAGCAUUAUUUUCAGCCAUCAAUUUCUUCUCCACGGCCUAUAACAUGGUAUCCGUUACAACCAAUCAACCACAAGAGAUCGAAGCAGGCCGAUAUGGAGGGUCGUAUGCGCACUUCUUUGCGAGCAAAAUUCAACCCAAAUGCGAUGAUGCUGUUCUUGGUGUUGGAGCACGAUUCCGUACCAGUCGGUCGGUGUUCGAACAUCAACUCAGCUCUUCGGGAUCUAUUGGAGCGCCUUCAAUGACUUACCAUAACGAGGUCAUUGAUUCGUGCUAUUCGUAUCGAGUUAUGCUUGACUUUUCGACUUAUAACAGGCCUGCUAGUCAGAUCAACAUCUCGGCUUGGGGCUUGAUUGUCACAGUCGAUCUUAAUUGCUAUAUCGACCAUCACGGCGAUGUCACUGCCAAACGGUUCAAUCUGCAGACCUCUAUCGACCCCAUCAGUAGCUUGCAGACUGGCCAGAUGCACAUGAGGCCGACAUGGCAGAUAGAUGUUGACGCAGGUCAUGCUUCAGCUUGGGCGCAGGUGCUCAUGCUGUCUUUCUGGGAAGAAACCAUCACCGCCAUAACGAAUCAGACCAACAAAUUCCAAGGCUCUGAAACUUCGACACCGCAACGCACCUUAUCCCAGGGAUAUGUGCGAUUGGACAGAACGAGUGGCACAGCAGACAUGCGGAACGACCAUUACUUCGACAUGGCAUCUUGGGUGUUUUUUGACGCAACCAAGAACGAGAAACAUCAAGGCAGUAUUGGUGACUAUUACCGUCGAACCAACGAUAGCUAUGUGUACAGCACAACAUGGCCAAACAUCUGGGCUCCCGUCGAUCGACUUGCCAAAGCUGCUAUCUCAGCCGUGUACCUAGAUCUGGGACUGUCCAAUCCCGAAUCACCCAAGGACAGUAUGGUCUCUAAUGCCGACAAUUCACGCUAUUGUAGUACCAAUCUCUCUACCAUUGUCGCGCAAAGCCCUAUCGACAUUGACAUUUCAUACAUGGAUUCAAUCGUUACAGUAACAGAUUGUGAUGCCCAGCAACAAUUGCCAAUAGGAACAGAACUCCAAUUAGGCACACUGCCAGAUCCUGCGGGAAACGCAUCUUCGGCGGCUACAAUCGGCACUACCUAUAUGUGUCGACAACCUCAACUUAAACCACCUUUCAACAUUUUCGUCUCUAUCCUUGUUGCCGAUCUAGUCUUCUUGCGCACAGCGUGGUCAUUAUACAACUCCAUCGUCGCUUACUUCCUCAAAAGUCGGCAUCCGGAUGCAAAUAUUUGCGAUGAGUGUUUGGCAAGGAAGAAAGUUGAGGGCAAGGAAGAGACGGCUCACGUGGAUAAAGUCUAUGGAUUUGACGAACAUACUAUUGAGCUCGACUAUCUUGGGGCGCCGAGUGUAGCUGCUCGGCGAAAUGACCAAGGCAGCACGCAAAGUCUGUUGACGCAUCGACACGUCUAG